AUGUCUAGCACCACUAGUAAGAGCGUACACUGGAGUGAUACUGUCAAGGUGAGUGUCCUUAUCAAACAUCCGUCAGUUGUCCGGCUGAUUCAAGUUGACUCCGUUGAGGAGGAGGUUGAAGCCGAAAGGAAACGCUCCCGUGAAGUGGCCAUCGAAGCACUCGAAGCGACACCGAGACCUAAUUGGGCCUGUUAUACCAUGGUGUACGGAUAUCCCGUCACCACUGAAUGGAUCAAGAAGGCUGCAAAAGAGAAAGGCGUCAAGACAGACAGCUUCGGGGGUUGUGCGGACUGCAUACGGCACAUAUUGCGGAGGAAGUCUCGCAUCAAUGAGCUGCAGCUCUGCGCUCCGAAUAUGUAUGCAAGGCCCUCGAACCCCGAUGACUGGCUUAUCGCCUUCGGCGCUGACUACCACCUCAAAGAAAAGGGGCGCUGGCCCACGCUUGCUCAAAUUCAGAAGCCUCCAUCUGAGGAUGUGGACAUGGAAGCUGAGAGGAGACGCUCCCGCGAGGUCGCCAUUGCGGCCCUCGAAGCAACAGAAAGCCUCUCGGGAACUAUACCAUGGGCUGCUAAAGAAGAAGGCGCGAAAACGGAUCGGUUCGGGAUUGCUGCGGACUAUGUCUUGCGCAUAUUGCGGAGGAAGUCCGGCUUCAGGGAGCUGGAGGUGUGCGCCCCGCGCAUCUAUGCCAACAUCAACCCCAACUCGGAGGACUGGCUUAUCACCUUCGGCACUGCUCGCCACCUCGCGAACAAGGGGCGGUGGCCUACACUUGCUGCGAUAGAGAAGGUACGGAGGAUGAUCCGCCCGAAGGGGAAGCCGAUGUGGGUGCCUGUAUGGGGUGCCCGUGAAUACGGACAAUGUCAGCAGUACCGGUUUGAUGGUUUGCGAAUGGUUUUUGAAAUAGUAUUUGAACUCUGGUACCACUGUUACAGAAUCAACAGCAACGAGGAUGCACCUAGCAUCUCUCUUCCUUAG